AUGGGCAACCAAUAAUAGCAGAACAAAAGUGUAGAGACCUUCUUGUUGAAGUAUCUUCCACAACUGAGCUAUAAAAUGUCGUUAAAUGAGACAUUGCUAUACAAGACUAUCCUUAGUACUCUUGAAGAUGAGGGGCCAAUUGUAUGCAAAUUCCACUUCUCCAGAAUAGAUGAUGACUACUUUAAAUACCUAGAGAAUGAAGUCAACAACAUUCGGUCAGUAUUCAAUCUCUAUAGACAUCCUAAUGUCCUAGUCUACGAUAGGAUUUUCAAUGUGCAAAAGAAGGCUCUUCUAGGUAUUAGACAAUAUGUAUGUCAUUAGCUAAAAGAGAAACUCCAUCGAAUUCCGAAAUUAUCAAUGAUGGAAAAGAAAUGGCUUGUAUUCUAGUUACUGUGUGCAGUCAGCUAAAUCCAUUCAGAGAAAAUGGUGCAUGGCGAUAUUAAACCUACCAAUAUAGUCCUUACAUCAUACAAUUGGUUAUUCAUAACCGACUAAGUGCCAUAUAAGCCCUCAUUGCUAGGAGAGGAUGACCUUAAAUCCUACAAUCUAUACUUUGGUGAGCUAGAUAACAAUUUGAGAUGUUAUAUCGCUCCUGAGAGAUUCGUAGCCGGAUAAUUGGACGAUCAAUUUGAUAAAAAGUACUUGGAUCCCUCAAUGGACAUAUUCUCUGCAGGGUGUGUUAUAGCUGAGAUUUUCAUGGAUGGUCAUCCAUUAUUCGAUUUGGCCAGGCUCUAAAAUUAUAGAAAAAAAUUAUAUGAUCCAAGAGAAGAUCUUCAGAAAAGAAUCAAAGAUCAAAAAAUAGUAGACUUAAUAAUGAGUAUGAUCCAUAGAGAUCCACACAAGAGAGCACCAAUUAGUGAGUAUAUAAUUAGAUGGAACAAAGAUGUUUUCCCUAAAUCCUUUCAUCAAGUGUAUUUCCAGAUUGCAGCAACUUAUGUCAGACCAUAAUAUAUGUUUUCGGACAUGAAAAUUUCCCUAAUCAGAAAAUACAUUAGUUCUAUUUGGUUUUCAUGUUUUGGAAAAAGAAACGCCUCCUUUACUGAAAAAUUUAAUGAACCGAUUGAGCCUUUCGUAUUUGAAAGAAUAAGAGAAGAUACUAUUAAGGAUUUCGAGGCAUUUUUAGUACCUAGCAAUGAACUAUUUGUCUUCUUAUCCAAGUAAAAUCUAUAAGCAAUGUAUGAGACAAUAUCUGAGGACAAUCAUAAACCUUCGCAAGAAGAUAAAGACUCAAUAUUAGUGGCUGUUCAUUGGAUUGGAACUCUUUUAACUAGCUGCUUCUAUCCUUAAAGUAGAUGCUGUGGACUUGAAAUGCUCUACAAAAUGGCAAUUGAAUCAUCUUUCGACAUCAGACUUCAAUUCAUCUUGCCUUAUGUCCUCCAGAUGUUCGAAGAUGAAAACUCUAAAGUUAAGGCCAAAGCAAUUGAAGUCACUGUGAUGAUGUUUGCUGAUGUUUUGGACUAAGCUUACUUGACCACACUAUCAACUACUGACUACAAAAUCUUUGAUAAUUACAUUUUGCCUGCAUUCCUUAAACUUAAAAAUGAGAGCAGCAAAGACUAAUAUGUGCAGCAUGUUUUUGUACAGCAUUUACCAAUGUUAGCAUAAAUAGGCCACAGAUUUAUGGAAUUAUCUAUUGGUAGUAGAUUCUAAAGAAGAUAGAUGAGUGUAAGAGCAAGUAGCGUGAAUGUUAACAAUAUUUCAACAAAAGAUACAGAGUCUGAAGAGCAAAAGCAAGGCUUUUCACAAUAGGAUGACCCUUAUGAAGAAUCUGAUGAUGAUUCAGAAAGAAUGUUUACUCAACAUGAGAAUCUUUUGUCGACUGUCAAUCACAUGAAUCAAAGAAAUACAGUAGUCAUAAGAGAUGAUAAGUUACAUUCACAAAAGCAUAAUCACAGACACUAACAAGAUGCGUAGGAAGUAUUUGUGAACUAUGAUACUGAGUUUGAUAAAUUAAGAAGAGUAAUCCUCUCAAUCAUUAAUGAUAUUUUGUCUGAAACAGAACCAACAUUACAAAGAAUAUUAUAUAACAAUCUUGGCAAUCUAAGUAUGGAAUGCUUGAAGGGAAUACCUUAUUUAGGAUUAAGAGUUGGUCAACAAACUUUGGCGAAGUUCUUACUUAUCACUUGUACUCAUUUACUAUAUGAUUCCGAAGAGUCAGUAGUGCAUGAAAUGAUCAAUACUUUGAAUAAACUUUUAGAGUUUGGAUUACUAUCUAAAAAGGAUAGUCUAGAAAAUCUUGAGAAACUUAUGCCAUUUUUGCUUCACCCUAACACCUGGAUAAGAGAAGGUGUGGUCAGAUUCAUUAAGUUCUUAGCCAAUCCUGAAAACAAAGUACUCUCAAAAGCAGAAGCCUAUUGCAUUAUCAGACCAAAACUAAAGUAAUAUCUAAAGAAGGGAGAGAAAGUUUAUGAAAUAUACGGGGAUGACUUAAGACUUUGCAAGCUGAAGCCUCCACUCUCAAGGUAGAUAUAUGAAUUAGAAAUCAAAGGAAAUCAAAAUAACCCUCAUCUGAAGUAGCUUUAGCUGCAAUAAAUGAACUCUAAUAUAUCAGAAGAGGAUAAAGAGGCUAAAGUCAAACUUUCAGAUGUAUUGCAAAAUGCCAAAUAGUUCCAUCAGUCAUUCAAAAGAGAAAGACUUCAGAAAGAUAUUGAGCAGGAAUAUAAUGAUGAUUUCAAAAGAAAGAAGGAGAGAGUCAAGACCUACAGAAUAGUUUCAAAGAGUGUAAUUGGUUAGAUUGCAGGAAUAGCCUUUGGAAACAGCAUAACUGGGGCUCAGCAGAACUACAUUCAACCUAAGAAAACUUCAAAUGACUCAAAUGAUAAGGACAAGGGCUAUCAGCAGCAGAUUGUUCAGGACGACAACAACGAAUAGGAUCUGCUUGCAAAUGAUUUCAGAGAACAGAUGAAUUCUCAAGAGUACCUUGAUCAAAACUAUUAUCCUGUGAUUAAUGUGAAGGAACAAGACUAAGACAGUGAUAAUUAUGGAAUUAACAAACGUGUACUAAACAACGCUCAGGGCAUUAUGACCUUCGAAUUCGAUUUUAUGCUUCAGGGCUUGCAUAUUGUGCCUGAGGACCCAGAGAUACCACUAGUUCAAUACAAAAACACAAAUCUUUUUCAGUAAAUAUCGACACAAAUCAUGCAGAUUGGCUCAUAGCUGUAAAUUGAGUCGUCAUCUUCUCAGCCCUAGCAGAUACCCUAGUUCUCAAAGAGUGCAAGGACUGCAACAGUACAAGUGACUUCGGCAAGCAACAUAUUCUAUCAAUUAGGAUAAUAGAGAAGCAGAUUUGCUAGUUGGAGGCCAAGUGGAAGACUGAUCACAACUCUAUACGAGCAUAAAAAUCCAGUGAAUGCACUAGCUAUUACAGAUGACUCUCAAUUCUUCUUUACUGGUAGCAAGCUAGAUAACAUGGUCAACAUUUGGAAAACCAAAGACAUCGAGUCUGAUGUCACUUCCCACAGUUCUUUUAGCAUUAAAUGCAAGCGUCAGGUGAAUCAAAUCACAACAAUGGACAACUCUAACUACUUUGCAUUAGCUUGCUCUUCGGGUUGCAUUGACAUUUAUCAAAUGGGAAGAGUAGAAUAGGAAUUGCAGGGCAGUUAGUUUGUCAAGGAACGCAGAUUCAACACCACUGCUUCAUACAUGAAUAGAGGGUAGCAAACUACAACAACCUAGACUGCAUUUGCGAUCAAUAAUCAAAAUGAGCCUAAUCACACUUCAAUCAUUAAGACCAUUGAGAGAAGAGACGAGGGUGACAUUACACUUUGCAAUAACAUGAUCUUACCGAUUCAACAAUAGCAUUUACUGGCCUAUGUAACUUAGCGAGGUUCAUUGUACUUCCACGAUCUUAGGUCUAGGUAUGAUGUGAGUUCAUAAUACGACCUAUUUGGCUGUUAAAGAGGCAUGGCUACUUGUAUGACUAUUGGUUAAGAUCCAUACCAACUAUACUUUGGCACGAUUGGAGGCUAUAUCAUGGUUUAUGAUGUAAGGUAUAAUGUAGUCUCUCACUACGAAAAGCACUACCUAAGAUCUCCAAUCAACUCAUUGGCUACAUUCCACCCUGGAAAAUCUAAUUUAAGCCUGAAUAGAAGUGACUACACCAGUCCUAUGGUUCUAGUCAGUGCAGGAACUUCUAACUACGAAGUGAGUCUAUUGAACUUGCAGACUAGUGAUGUGGAAAUACUGCUAACUGUAGAUGAUAAGAGAAAUAAGGAGAAUUUAGUUGGCAAUUUACCACAGGUUCCUUCUUAUUUGCAAGAGAUUAAUUCUUUCUACUAGGAAUCAACAGAACUACCAUCAAGCGCUUCAGGCAUUAAGAGGAUAGAAAAGAACUCAUCAUUAUUUAGGAGAUAUCUCUAAUCAAAUAAGAACUCCCAGCAUUUCUUGGGUAUGAUUAGUUAGCAGCAACAAAACAUGCUCAGUAACCUAGAUGAAGAAUGGCUCAAGCACUCCAAAAAUAGAUAUAUGAUGGUUAAAAGUGGCUUUGAGUCUGGAAACGCUUGCAGAAAGAUUCUUGUCCCAAGAAGAUACAACAGCAUGCUCUACAACCCAGAGACAGUAAACUAUGCCAUCACAGGAGGCAAUGAUAGAAAGUUGAGAUUCUGGGACUUCUCUAAUCUUAAAUAGAGAAGUUAUCAAAUCAAUACACCUAACGACGAUGAAUGCAUUUACUAAGAGGAAUUCUAAGGUGAUGUCAAAGUAGUCUAAGAGAAAGUGCAAUAAUUCAAGCAGUUCCCUUAAGUAAACUCACUUUUGGCUUCUAAGCAAUUCGAAAAUGGAAUCUAGACUAAUAAUAAUUACAUUCCUUAUCAGAAUUCAACUUAUUACUCUAUCCUUGGUGGCUUGAUGUCUGGUAAUGAUCACUUCGGUCCUAAUCAAAGUGAUAUUCAUAAUGGAUAAAGCAGCAGAACUCAGAGUUUCUAGACUGACAAAGUGAAUGAUCAAGAUGUCACCUAUAAUUUCAAUGGUAUCUCAGAAUGGCAGUAAUUUAAUGGCAUUCAAAUGAACUAAGGCUGUGGUAUUGUCAAUGGGGCUGAGGUCUCUGGAAACGGACUUGAUUAUCUUUACAGAGAUUCACAAAAUAUAAGCCACUCAGACAGUAUUCUAGACAUUGGUAUCAUUGAAUUGAGCAAUCAAGAACCUAUUUUGGUCUCUUGUGGCAGAGAUGGCUUGGUUAAACUCUGGAGAUGA